GAGCUGCUUAAACUCCUAAACACAACGUCAGCGACGGUUAAUUUGGUUACUAUGCCCUAGUGUUUACAAAAUGACUAUGCUCAUCAUGGAACGAUUAGUGUCUCCUAGUGUACUCGCGGAAAAACACUAUCUGGACCAGAAGAAUCAUCAUUCGGAGGACUCGCGCGACAUGGAGAUGUGCGAGGAGGAGGAGGAGGACUUGAACGUGGACGUGGAGAACGACGAGGGUUCCACCCUGUGUCCAGUUGACUUGACGCGACGGGACAAGUUCAGUUUUUGUGACUUUAAACAGGAACCAGUGAAACCGUCGGAUAACAGUGAUAUUUGUAGUGAUAACAGCCGGUCACCGAUAAGGGAAAGUCCGAGUCCGUCGGUGGUGGUGUCACACCCGCAGAGACGGUUGGCGUUUUCGGUGGAGAACAUUUUGGACCCUAAUAAGUUUACCGGGAGGCACCAGGGGGUGUUUAGUGACGGGAUUUGCUGCUGGAAGCCCUUGGAGACUUCCAGGGAUUCGGCUGACUAUGAAGGAAGUGAUACAGGUAAAGACCAUCAAUCGGACGACGACGACGAUAUCCGAAGUGACAUCAGCAGUACGGACGACCUAAAAGACCCCAACUCCAAAAAGAAAAAAUCCUCCGACUCAAAAUCGCAAAACACCGGAAAACCGAGACGUGCCCGUACCGCCUUCACCUACGAGCAACUGGUGGCUCUGGAAAAUAAAUUCAAGACCACCAGGUACCUAAGCGUCUGCGAACGCCUAAAUUUAGCACUCAGCCUCAGCCUGACUGAAACCCAAGUGAAAAUCUGGUUCCAAAAUCGUAGAACCAAGUGGAAAAAGCAGAACCCUGGUAUGGACGUGAACAGUCCAACGGUACCACCUCCAAGCGUGGGAGGCGGCGGAGGUUUUCCAGGAUUUCCUGGACACCAUACGCAUUCUGGGUUACUGUAUUCACAUCAUGUUCCUUACGGUGGGGUGUACCCUCUACAGGCGGCUAGCACCGGGGGUUACACCCCGUAUUUUCAUUUAGCGAACCACGGACACAGUUUAGGGUCGUGAAAGUGAGUGUAAAUGGGUUGUAAAUUUGUAAGAUGUUUUGUAAAUUUGAUAGACUUAAGGGAGUUUUGAGUGGUGGUAAUAAAUGGUAUGAGAAGGAUUAUGGUAGCUGAGAAAUUUAAUAAAAAAGCAUCAAGUCUUCUCUUACCAAAAGCUUACCAUUCGCUUCUUCUAGCAUAGUAACCUGAACUUGAGUAAGUUCUUAUAAUAGUACCAAAAAAAGAUGGAAAAUUAUUGUGAUAAAAGAAAAAAUAGUUGAAUGCUUGUAUAAAGUACCAAAUCCCUUCCCCCUGUUUGCGCCCACUCAAUGUUAAUUUAGUAUGCAUUUAAUCAGCCUUAAUUUAUGACCAAAUAAGUCACUUUUAUAGUAAAAAAAUUUAUUUCAAUCAAAAAGGACUGAGCAGGUACUUUAAUUUAAGUGAGCUGACCGUUCUUCGCUGUUAGCCCGACAAGCAGUAAUUAAAAUCCAUAUGAUGUAAUUUAUAAUAUUAUUUAAAUAUGUCUUUAUGAGUAUUAUAGUAAGACUUUACAAUUAUUGUAAAUAUAUAUAUUAAUAUGUAUAGAUAAAACAGUACUCAAUAAUU